AUGUUGAACCGCGGAAACAGAUCGAAGGCGUGGAAUGGGCCUCAAAACCGUUUGGCUGGACUUGUGGUAGUGUCUGUUACAGUGUUUCUUCUCAUUUUCAUAUUGUCAGUUGGCAACAAUGAUCAAAAGCCCAGUUCAUUAGCUGAACUUCCAAAGGAAAAGUGGCAUAGCUUUAAGUCACUGGUGCAACUUUCACCAACCUUAGAGUUUCGAAACGGAACUGAUGUAAUAUGGCAAAUACCAGAUUCGCCUAAAGCAGUUCUUUUUCUUGCUCAUGGUUGCAAUGGUAGAGCUGCUCACUUUUGGGACAAGUCUACUCACUGUCCUAACUGCAUUGGUUUGCCAGAAGAAAGACUAAUUGCUCUUCAUGCUCUUGCUCGAAAGUUUGCUGUCCUUACUAUAUCAAGUGCAGGGAUAUGCUGGACUCUUGGGGAAGAGAUAAUUAUUGUUAAAGAUAUUAUCAAAUGGUGGGUUAAGAAGAACAAGCUUGAAAAGCUUCCUCUUGUUGCUAUGGGGGCCUCUUCCGGGGGAUACUUUGUUUCUGUGCUUGCCACCGUGUUGAAGUUCACUAGUAUUACAAUUAUGAUUGCUGAAGGGAAGUUUGAUAAAAUGGAUAUAAAAGAGAGCUAUCCCCCUACCCUUUUCAUGCACAUGCCGAAGGAUAUAUUAAGAAAGCAAAAGAUAGAUGAGUAUAUGGAAAUUUUAAGAAAUAAAGGGGUUGCUGUUGCAGAGAUUGAAUGCAAGGAGUUCCCCUUGUCGCCACAUCUCUUAGCUGAUAGAAUCCCAGGUCUUGAUCUGUCUGUUUCUGCUAAGCUAUUUGAACUCUUCCUGCACAAGGGUUUUAUCGAUGAGAAUGGAUAUAUGAAGAAUGAUGGGCGUAGAACACGUUGGAAAGAAGUUGUCAGAGAGAGUAAAAUUAUUUUCACAGACAAGCAUCUGGCCCAUUACAUUCAGGAGGAGUUAAAUCUGGCAUUUGCAUACCAUGAAAUGACUAGCUUGCACUCUGACAGGAUGUUUAUAUGGUUUGAAUCUCAUAUGAGGUAA